AUGCCGGGAAAGGACUGUGAGGGAUAUAUGGGGUUUCGGGAUAAGGUACUCUCCCUAGACGACAGCGAAAAGUUCAACAGGUCCAGAAUGUACGAAGCCGCUUUCCUGGGCAGCCCCGGCGGUAGCGACGGCACCUCAUACUACGACCGGUACGGCGCCGGCACGUUCCCUGUCAUCAUAGUCUGGGGCCACAGCGACACCGCGACGGAACAGCAGCAGCUGCCUGACGACCAUGUCACGUUCGCUUGUGUCAAGGUCGACACUGUGGCGCCCGGCGUGCCGAUGCCCAAGGCGUCAGUGUCUGCCGGGCGAAGGCUCGGAUUUGAUGGUGGUAGUGUCGGUUUUCUGGCCGGUGUGGUGACCGCUGGGGUUUUGGGCGCUACUACUUUGUUGUUCUAA